AUUGGAGAAUGUGUGGUGAGGAAAUUUCCCAAAAAAAAAGUGUACUCUCUCAAUCUAUGAACCAAAUAAAAAUUCAAACACAAAACACAACUUACACAAACGAUUGAAUAGGAAACCAAAUAAAAGAAACAACCGGAAUUCAAAAUUUUUAUGAACCGAAAAACACUCAAAAAAACGAAAAAUUCAACUAACUAAACAUGCUUCAAGUCCGCGUUUGUUCUCAGCCUAUCAACACUGCAACCGCCUUCGUCCUUUUUUUAUCUCUUCAUUCUACCCUGAAUCGCAUAAAUUUUUCAUUUCAAAUUUCUGUUUCCCCUCUUUUUUCACCCUAAUUUUUAUCGUUUUACUCACUAAUUUGAAUCACUUGGUUGAAGUUUUAUCGAUUUUAGAUCAUUUUUCUGUUUGAUCUAAUUUCACGAUUCGGUUUUUCGUAAGUUGUUUGAAAAAAAUUCGGUACAAUCUCUUGAAGCUGCUAUGGAUUAUGAUCUUUCUGACAGUAGUGGAACGGAUGAUGAUCUUCCGCCACCUCAUCAACAUAGAUUUGCUAGAAAUGCACGUGUAACUGGGAAUGGAAGACCUGCAGUUGCCGCCUCUACAUAUCCAAGGAUGCCCAAUAAUGACAUGGAAACACAAAUUCAUAUUAUUGAGCAAGAAGCAUACUGUGCUGUGUUGCGAGCCUUCAAGGCCCAGUCUGACGCCCUUACUUGGGAAAAGGAAAGUUUGAUAACAGAACUUAGGAAAGAGCUGAGAGUGUCAGUUGAGGAACACAGGGAUUCUCUUUCAAAGGUCAAUAGUGAUGAUAUGAUCAAAAAAAUAAGAGAUUGGAGACAGUCUAAUGGGCACCAACAAGGCAUGCUGAGCUCUUUUCCUCCUGUUCAUGAAUCUGUUCCUAGUCCUACUGUUUCAGCCUCACGUAAGAAACAGAAAACAGGCCAGUCAGUGUCAGCACUCUCUGGUGGUGGUGCACUUUCUUCAGCAAAUGGCAUGCAUCCAUCCUUGCAGCCAUCUUCAUCAAACUUGAAACGUGGCCCUCUUCCAGGAUCGCGAGGCAAGAAGGCAAAAGCAUCUAUGCCAUAUCCUUCCCCUGCUGUUGCAGGAAGGCCACAGGUUAACAGUCAUAGUGCUUCUGGUACUUUCGGAGCUAAUGAGCCUGACAAAGCUCAAAAGAUCGAUCAGCUUAUCGGAAAGAGAGUAUGGACAAGGUGGCCGUAUGAUAACAGUUUCUACGAGGCAUUGAUAACAGAUUACAAAGAGGGUCUACAUGCUUUAGUCUAUGAUAUGAAUACAGAAAGGGAAGCUUGGGAGUGGGUCAAUCUCAAAGAGAUAUCCCCUGAAGACAUCAGAUGGGACAAUGAGGAACCUGGACUCUCUCAUAAAGGUUCGCGAGCUGGACAAGGUCGUGGUUUUAAGAAGUCUUUAGCCCGUGGUGGUGGCGCAAUUGGUGCAGGAAGAGGUCGCGGAACCUUAAAGGGUCAUCCCAAAAAGGAUUCAUUUAUGCCUCAAAAUGGCGUUGGAAGAAGAGAAGUGGGAGAAAUUAAGUUACGAAAUACUGAUGCUCUAAUUAAAGAGGUGGAGAACGUUUUUUCUGCUAAUAAUCCUGACUCAACGGAGAUUGAGAAAGCCAAGAAACUGUUGAAAGAACAUGAAGAAGCAUUGGCCCAAGCUAUUGCUGUGCUACAGGAUGCAUCCGACGGUGAAAGUGAUGGAGGAGAUCAUCCCUUCUCACAAGGAAAAUCGAUGGACCGAGAACAAGGAUGGAGAAAACGGAAAUAUGAUGAGAUGGGCGUAGAAGGUAGGGGAAGGGGUACAGAUGGUGAUAAAGGCCGGGUUUCCUUAGAAAGGAAACAAGAAGCUUAACCAGUGUGACAAUUACCCAGAUUAUAUCAGUGUCCAGUUAAAAAUCAUAAUAGUUAAUCUUUAGGAGCGGCAGUGUUAGGUUUUAUGGGAAAGUUGUAGAUUUUUGGCACUUUCUCUGUUACUAUUAUGUAUUUUAACGAAAAUUGAUCUUGUAAAUUUUUAUUAGAUUUCUUAUUUAUUUAGGAAUUAGGAUGGCUUUAGAUGUGCUGAUUUUGUUAACCACAUCAUUGCUCGAUUGUGAUACACGGCUGAACUGAAGUUAUUUUGUUCCAUUAUAUGCACAAAAUACAAUCGCAAUUUAGUUCUGUUUCAUAACAAGACAUACUACCCAGGCAAAAUCUGAAAAUAUGUGUUGUGUUAUGAAACGGAAUGCUAUGGUCUUGCAAAGACAUACUACCAUCGGAAUAAAUGGUUUCUUUGUGCUUCCCUAUUCAUGUAAACCCACUUCUCAUCUAGGCGCACAACGGAAUUGUGUUGUGUUUUGAAGUAACGGCAAUUUGAAUGAAUUUUGAAAUUUGAUUUGUCGUGUUAAUAAUUCGUUUUGGUGUUUGAUUUGUGUAGUAGUUUCUUUGGAAUUGUUUUUGUAGUGUUGGAGCCUGAUCGGACACUGAAAUUAAUUUAUUUGGGGUUUUUCUGUUAGUAGAUAUGUGAUUUCACUCUAUCCUUACAAAAAAGUUUGUUUAGGGUUUUAAUUUUAUCAUACCACUGCUAUCUCUCAAUUUUUAUUUAUGUAAAAAUCUGUUAUCUAGGUUUUCUAGAAAGUUGCACUUUUUGAUGGUUUUUAUGGCCUUGUGAAAAAGGCUAAUUUUUGCUGGUUUUCUGGAUUGGAAGAUUAUUGGGGACUUAGAAAUAGUAAAAUUUUUAGCAAUGGCAACGUUCAAAUUUAGGAUGUUUUAGAAAUUGGGUCCUUGAAAUUUUUAUGAUAAUCUAUGUAGUAUGUAAUAUAGUCACGUCUGGCUUUAAAGUAGAAACUUAAGGGUAGAUAAACAAUGAGUUGAGAUGGAUUUUAAGAAAUUAAUUAAAAUGGUGGCAAAGAGAAAAAUAUGGAUAUAAAAUGAGG